GAAAUGCCCUAAUGGGUGACUUCUCUUUUCUCCUUCCUCAACUAAGUGGAUUCCAAGCCGUUCAAACCAUUUAUUCCUCGCGAACAGACCCUUGACUUUUGUGCUUAGGUUAUGGUGUGAGGGACUGCAAUUUGGAGCUGUUUGUAGCCGUGAUGACACAGCUAGAAUCCAAUCAGUGCUGGUCCAGGCACACUUAGAAACCUCUACAAAGCCUCAGCUGCAGAAGGCUCAGACUCAACAAAUAACUCCUUUCGUGACCUUUGACUGUCGGGUGUUCGAGGAGGGUCUCAAGACAGCACAGCCACCAGCAGCAAGCUGCAUGCCUCUUGCAGAGCAUGGCCCCAUGAGCCCAGACAGUGAUGCUGGCUGUGCAGGAAACCCAUUCACAAAUCUGCUGGCUCUUGGGAAAGAAGAUGGUGCUGCGGAAUGGCAUUUAUCUGGUAGUAUUUUGGAGGUGUACAGUGAUGAGCAGGGCAUUUCUCCAGUUAAUUCUGGUCUUACAAAUGCUUCUUGUCCAAGCAUUUUACCCAUGAAAAAGGAAAUUGCAGAAACUGACAGUAGAGCUUUGGCGAAGGAGAGACAGAAAAAGGACAACCACAACCUCAUCGAAAGAAGAAGAAGGUAUAAUAUUAAUUACCGAAUCAAGGAGCUUGGCACUCUUAUUCCAAAGUCUAAUGAUCCUGAUAUGCGCUGGAACAAAGGGACCAUUCUAAAAGCAUCAGUGGACUACAUCAAGUGGCUACAAAAAGAACAACAGAGAGCCCGGGAGUUAGAACACAGACAGAAGAAAUUAGAGCAUGCUAACCGUCAGCUUAGGCUCCGGAUUCAGGAACUAGAGAUCCAGGCACGUGCUCAUGGUCUACCAAUCCUGACUUCACUCGGCACAGCUGAUUUUGGUACAGUCAUCACCAAGCAGCAGACCCAUCCUGAGAGGAACUCAGGAGACUAUUGCCAACAACUGACUCCAUCUCAGGGGACAAGCCCGGAGUUCUAUGAGCAAGCUGUUGCUUUCUCUGAUCCAUUGUCUCACUUCACAGAUUUAUCAUUUAGUGCCGCUUUGAAAGAGGAACAAAGAUUGGAUGGCAUGCUACUAAGCGAUACAAUAUGCCCCUUUGGGACGGACCCACUGCUCUCUGCCAUUUCCCCUGCAGUUUCCAAAGCGAGCAGUCAAAGCAGCCUUAGCUCAGAGGAUGGCGACGAAUUGUAAGCCACAAAGAGGCUCAAGUCAUCAACCAGGAAGCAACUCCAUGCUGGUGCUACUCAAUCGUUAUCUGCGUUUCAUAACUUGCUUUCACUUAACUCUCUGAAAGGAAUCAUAUUGGCCUAUGGGGGGAAAUGAUCAGAAGUGAUGGAAAAAUUCGUGAGAAGAAGAAACAUGAUGUUAUAGAAUCAUUGAAGAUCACAGUAUUGUUGCCCACCGCAGAGUUCAGACUUCCUUACAUUUAAUUUUCUGGAAAGUGGUUCAACUUAAUAAUGGCUCUAGUGUUGAUACCUUCAGAGCAGUGACAUGAUAAGAUAUUGCUGGAGCUACAGUCCUUCAAGAGACUGCAACAUCCUACUCUGCUCUCACUCGCUUCCGCAUCCUGUGUUACUUCUACAACAUCAUUUUCUGAAGAUUCGCGACUAACAAAUUUGGUGAUAAUUUCUUUUCCUUUGUCUGGUGUACAUAUUAUGUAUGGUUGAAUCCUUGUCAAGGAAAAAAAAGUAUAAAACAUUUUUUUCAUUUAAACUUGAAACUAAGUCUGUAAUAAACAUGAAAAUUUUCAAAAUA